AUGAAGUCUACUUCUACACCACUCCUUCUCUUCAGUGUAUUCUCCGCACUAUGUGGUUCAUCUUUUGGUGCACCGUUUCGUGCUCUGAGUGCCAGACAGGAAGACUUCUUCCCAAUAACAGGGCCUGCUGUUGGGGGAAUACAACCUCGACUUGAGAUACGCGACGUUGAAGCGAAUGGCGAAAUGUUCAACCUUUUCUUACUUGCAAUUAUGCGUUUCAAAGAGAUGAACCAAGAUGAUAAAAUCAGCUACUUUCAGGUUUCGGGUAUACAUGGCCAGCCACUCAUUGACUGGGACAGUUCUCCUUCUAAUGGUGGCAACCCCGACUUCGGUUAUUGCCCCCAUGGGUCAAAUCUGUUUGGCCCGUGGCAUCGACCAUAUCUCUCAAUCUUUGAGCAAGUACUCAGUCAGAAGGCCGUUGAGGUGGCGGCGGAAUUCGAAGACGAGGCAACAAAGGCUCGUUAUCAAGCAAUUGCCGAAACUUUACGUCUUCCCUACUGGGACUGGGCCAAACGUACGGUCGAAGGCGAACGCAUUCUACCAACUUCUAUUGCAGGGCCCACCGCUGUCGUCACAUUCCCCAAUGGAACAGAAGCUGAAGUCGAAAAUCCACUAUUGCUGUAUCGAUUCAACCCUUUGAAAGAAGAAUACUUUUCUUCUCCCUGGCAAAACAUCUCCAUCACUGUUCGCAAUUCUGAGCCGUUCUCAGAGGUUAGCAACCCAGAAGAAACAGAGAACUUCCUCCAGAACUUUGCGCCCAGUCUGAGGGAGACCUUUUACCAGAUCAUCACCCAAUGGCAGACUUACAAUCAAUUCAGCAACCACGGCUCUGAAUCUUCCAUUCUUGGAAAUAUUGAGUCCAUUCACGAUAUGGUACAUGGCUCUUUCGGGUUUGCCCACAUGGGCUUUCCUUCGGUUGCCGCUUUCGAUCCUGUCUUCUGGAUGCACCAUGCGAACGUAGAUCGUGUUCUAGCUAUUUGGCAACACAUCUACCCUGAUACUUAUGUCGAGCCGUAUGAGCAAAGUUGGCCCGGUACUUACACCAUUGCGCCGGGUUCAAUUCAGGGUCCCGACUCACCUUUGACGCCAUUCCGCCGAAAUGCGCAGGGAGAUUAUCACACAUCGGAGAGCUCGAGGUACACUGAUGCAUUCCAGUACACCUACCCAGAGCUUCAGGACAACCCUUCAAAUGAUACUCUGAAGGCCAUUGUCAAUACUUUGUAUGCGCCAGCUCCGACAAGUGCUCUUAAGCGCCAGGAAGAGAUUCCGGAUGUUUCACUCUCAUCUGAACACCACCAAGCUUUCCUCUGCGCCAUUGAAGUUCCUCUCCAAUUCGUUGGUAUCUACAGUGUCGAGAUCUUCCUUGGAAAGCUCACAAGCUCGUCACAGGAGUUGACUAGUGACCCUAACUUUGUUGGCGCCCAGACCGUUAUGUCUCGAGCACAGAAUGAUCAGUCCGUCAAAGGCUCAGUUGUUCUGACAGACGCACUUCGAAAGAAAUUUGACGAUGGCGAGCUCAAGGGAUUGGACACUGAUGCCAUUCUUGAAUAUCUGCACCAGAACCUCCAUUGGCGUAUCCAAAAGGGUAAUGUCGAAGAGGUUCCGAAAGAACAAUUUCCCGGCCUGAAGAUUUCCGUGGUCUCGACUGAGAUUGAACCUGCUAACAGCACCAAUGAGUUCCCCAACUAUGUUGGAGGAUGGACGACGCACGAUGUCACCUUCGGAUAA